AUGGAACAUACAGAUUUUGGUCAAAUAGAAAUAUUUGAAAAUUAUUUUCCUAAUUUAGACGAAUCUACUAUAAAAUACUCUCCUAUAGAAUGUAUAGAAUAUAAACAAACAUUUUCUGCUUUGUAUGAAGGCGCAGAAAUACCUAUAAUGGUAGGUACUAAAUAUUCUAAAAACAAUCCUUUAGAUGUUGCAGGUUAUUUUAUUAUCGACGGACUUUGUUAUUCUGUUAACAAUAUGUUUGUAAAGAUCAAAAAUAAUUUUAGGGAUAAAACUGCUUAUUUUACUGACGGUUCUAAAGUAGUUAUUAAAAAUAUGUUUGAAUAUAAUCUAUAUAGUAAAGGAAAAUCUUAUAAAUGGAAUAUACCCGUUAAUUGGACUAAAAUUUGUAAAGAAGGAGACGACAAAUUAUAUAACCAUUUAAGUAUUAUAGACGAAUUUAGUAAAUACGACAAAUCUAAAAUUAUUAAAAAUGAAAUAGAUCUAGAAGCUUUAAGAUCUAUGUUUAGAUUAUGGUUAGGUAUAAUAGAAGAACCAGAUUAUAAUUUCAGAUUAGCUACUGCAGGAGAGAUUAUGUAUGAUAUGUUUAUUAAUAAUCGAAAUAUAGUAGACGCUUUUAAGAAUAAUAGAUGGGUUGUUAAACAUAUUUUUGAUGUAACUUCAGUUUCUGAACUUAUGAAACACUAUAAUAUUUAUAGCGAUAUAGAAAGUAUAAGAAGAAUUACUUUUCCAACUACUAGAGAGAAUAUGACUUUGUUAGAUAGACAAGUAAAAAUAAAUGAGAAAUACAAAUUAUGUCCUAUUCAAACUCCUGACGGCCAAUUAUGCGGAACAGUAAAAUAUUUAGUUAAAGAUGCUAAAUUAAUUACUAAAGAUUUUAUUAUUCCUAAAUUAGAAAAAGGGGAUAUAAGAGUUAUUUUGAAUGGUAAAUACAUAGGUUCUUUUAAAUCUAUAGAAUCUUUUAAAGAAAAAUGCGAUAUUAUAAUGUUUGAAAAUUACGCGUAUAUUUCUAGCUUAAAAGGAAGAAUAAUAGGUAAUUCUUUAUUAAGUUAUACUGCUAAUAAAAUACCUUUCUUGUUUCAUAAUCCACCAGUUAGAGCUACUUUUAUGACUUCUAUGCUAAAACAAAGUAUAGAAUACACUAAUAAAUAUAAUUUUUAUAUAGAUAAUACUAAAUUUUUGACUAAAGAUCUAGAUCAUAAUUUUACUGUAGCUAUAAUGCCUUGGUUUGGAUAUAAUUUAGAAGAUAGUUUAGUUAUAUCUCGAUCUGUUUCAAAACAUUUUAAUUAUGUAAAACAACAGAUUUAUAUAGAAUCUAAGAAAGUUAUUAAAAUAUAUGUGAAAAAGAAUAGUUUUGUAGAAGAAGGAGAUAUUCUUUAUAAAAUUUAUGAUCCUACUGAAAUACAAACUUUGAUUAAAGUAUAUGCUAAAUCAAAAGGAAGAGUUGUAAGAAUAAGAAAAAAUCCUUUUAAAUUAGUUAUUCAUGAUAAAAAAGAUUUACAAGUAGGUGAUAAAAUGACUAGUUUACAUGGUCAAAAAGGAGUCAUAUCUUUGAUCUUAGAUAAUCCGCCUUAUUAUAUAGAAAAUGAUAUCAAAAAUAUAUAG